GGAGCAGCGCCGCCGCCGCGGCCGGGCCCGUCCCCCACCGCCUCCCCCGAACACCAUAGGCGGCUCCGGCACCAAGAUGUCCAACCGGGUGCUCUGCCGGGAGGCCAGCCACGCCGGCAGCUGGUACACAGCCUCAGGACCCCAGCUGAAUGCACAGCUAGAAGGUUGGCUUUCUCAAGUACAGUCCACAAAAAGACCUGCUAGAGCCAUUAUUGCACCCCAUGCAGGAUAUACCUAUUGUGGAUCUUGUGCAGCCCAUGCUUACAAACAAGUGGAUCCUAAUAUUACCCGAAAAAUUUUCAUUCUUGGGCCUUCCCAUCACGUGCCCCUUUCCCGAUGUGCACUUUCCAGUGUGGACAUUUAUAGAACACCUCUGUAUGAUCUCCGAAUUGACCAAAAGAUUUAUGGAGAAUUGUGGAAGACUGGAAUGUUUGAGCGUAUGUCCCUACAGACAGAUGAAGAUGAACACAGUAUUGAAAUGCAUUUGCCUUAUACUGCUAAAGCCAUGGAAAGCCAUAAGGAUGAGUUUACUAUUAUUCCUGUGUUGGUCGGAGCACUGAGUGAGUCAAAAGAGCAGGAAUUUGGAAAACUCUUCAGUAAAUACCUAGCUGAUCCUAGUAACCUCUUUGUGGUUUCUUCUGACUUUUGCCAUUGGGGUCAGAGGUUCCGUUACAGUUACUAUGAUGAAUCCCAAGGAGAAAUUUAUAGAUCCAUUGAGCACCUAGAUAAAAUGGGUAUGAGCAUUAUAGAGCAGCUAGAUCCUGUAUCUUUUAGCAAUUACUUGAAGAAAUACCAUAAUACAAUAUGUGGAAGACAUCCUAUUGGUGUAUUAUUAAACGCUAUCAACGAGCUCCAGAAGAAUGGAAUGAAUAUGAGCUUUUCAUUUUUGAAUUAUGCUCAGUCAAGCCAGUGUCGUAACUGGCAAGACAGCUCAGUGAGUUAUGCAGCUGGAGCACUUAUGGUCCACUGAACUGCUGAAUGCUCAGGGAUGGCACCUGCACACACUCUGUAUACGGGGUCCCAGCCUAGCCCUUACAAAGAUACAGUCCCUGGUCUUUGGGUAUACUGAAACCUCAAACUAAUAGAACUCUCUUCUUUUCUAGUAGGUGUAGUCCUUCCUUAGUUUCAACUCAUUUAAAAAUGCUUUCUUGUUUAGGACAAUGGAAGGAAGGCUGGUAUUGAAACAUUUUGUGAAAUUUUUUUUUAUUUUUUAUUUUUUUUUAAAAAGAUAAUGGCUAUGAAGGCAUGGUGGCAGACAGUCCUUACAAAUACAACAUGUAAAGCAUUUACCAUAUCCUAAAUUUGCACUCUUUGCAGACCUGUGCACAUGUACUCAGCUUUCAGAAUAGUUUUGCAAGUUGUAAACAGAAAAAGGGGUGGAAACCUUUUAAUAAAAGAAAAAAAAGGAAAACAACGCAUUUAUAAAUGAUCCUGUAUUAGAAUAUAAUAAAACUCCAGUAUAGUCAGUUACUACCCAUGAUGUACAACAGAUAUCUUCUAUUUUAGUUGCUAAUAAAGGGCUACACAAACCAAAA